AUGUGUCAGACGUGUCUGCGACGAUCGUGUUGGACCGAGGCACAGCGUCGAAAUGCUGGAAACGAGCUGGCUGAGGAUUUAACACAAUCAUGGGACUGGAUGCGAGAUGAUGCUCUCCGAUUGGCCAAAGAACAAGAUCACAAGUGUUGCGGGGUCAGUUGUUAUUCCAAUCCCAGCUGUCAGGAAUACUACAACCCGGUGUGCCAACGGUACACUAUCAAUCAACCGGAAAUGGAGGAGGUCUGUUUGCAAGGUCAAACACUCAAAUUCACCUUGAAUCCGGAAUUCGAUCUGAACAACGGGAGCUACCUGUGCCAUUUACGGCAUAAUCCACCGGAUCAUUUGUAUUAUGUCCGCACAUGGUUAGUGAUUGAUAACCGAUUGCAAACAGAUCCUGUGGAGAUGGAAGUGACCGCUGCGGAACCGACGCAUGUCCACAAGGUUGGUUUGGACCAACAAACAGCGGUCUGGGGCAGUCCGAGUCGUGUACAACGUCGUGCCGAGGAUCUGAUGCAGCAACGAAUCGCUCGUCAAAAACACGGCCAAUUGUGGUUAUGGGACAAGAUGAUCCAGCUCGAGCAUCAGUCCAAGCUACCCAUUUGGCCGGAAGCCAUUGUGAAACGGGAGUCUGGGUCCGACCAAUUGACUCUCUAUCGGUUGAAGACGCUGGAUGAGUUUGGUCACAUGAAACCGGAAUUACAGAAACAUCGGGAUGAGAAAUAUGUGGUUACACGUCCAUUCUUGUAUAACACUGAAAGCUGGGGCAAUCAAUCGUGUCAUUUGAAUAUAAGUCAUCUACAUCAGAGUCAGCCGAUCUACGCAGAGAGCACCGGACUGCCCAUCAUGUUGACCUAUCCGAUUCGCAUCGGGAAGACCGGAGCUUUUGAGUAUUUGGUGGACAAUCGUCAGGCACCCAGUGCCUACUUUGAAUUGAAAACACAUUCCAAACGACGAAACUCAGUUUUACGGUUUGCAUUUUGCUCACUCGCAUCCGGCAUCACUCCGACUGCAAGUAGACGGGUGAAUCGAACUACUACCGCACGAUCGGUGCCUGUUGGAACUCUGGUGGAUCAUUUGGAGCAAAGACCUCAGAUUAGAGGUGUGGAACAAAUUCAGUCUACGUUCAAUGCAAUCACGUGUACUGAGGAGCAGAUUUGGCGAAUCACGGUGCACGGUUAG